CACGUGGGAGGCGGGGCGGGGCCGCUGUGGUUCGGCUCCCUGGUUCUGGGUAGUCUCUGCCGGGCAGUCCGGGCCGCUCGUCCUCUUCACCCGUGUUGGGGAGCCGGCCCCGGCGGGAGAGAGCGCUCCAGAUGACGCUGCAGGGGCAUUGACCAUGGCACUGCUCUUGGCCGUCGGGGGCGCGACCUGGCGUUGCUCGGGUCGCCUCCCCGCGCGUCAUUUCUCCCGAGCGGCGCGGCGUGGGGAGCGGCCAGGCGGGGAGGAGCUGAGCCGCCUGCUGCUGGACGACCUGGCGCCGACCCCGCGCUCUGCGGGGGGACUGGAGCUUCUGUUUGGCCUGUCCCCUUGUCUCCUGGCCCUGCGGGCCGCCCGUCGCCGCGUGGCCAGGCUCCUGCUCCAGGCCGGCCGGUCCGGGUUGCAGGGGGAGAGGGCCGAGCUGCUCCGGGCGGCAGAGGCGCGGGACAUCCCCAUCCUGCGGCCCAGACGGCAGAAACUGGACGCCCUGUGCCGCUUUCAGGUCCACCAGGGCGUCUGCAUGGAGGUGAGCCCGCUGAAGCCUCGGCCUUGCACCGAGGUCGGGGAGGCGAGGCCAGGCGACGACCCCCAGCAGCUGUGGCUCGUCCUCGAGAGGCUCCAGGAUCCCCGGAAUCUUGGGGCCGUGCUGCGUUCUGCUCACUUUCUCGGAGUGGAUAAAGUCAUCACCAGCGGGAGACACAGCUGCCCACUCACUCCGGUAGUCAGCAAGGCCAGCGCGGGGGCUCUGGAGGUGAUGGACGUGUUCUCCACUGAUGACCUGGCCGGCUUUCUACAGGCCAAAGCCCGGCAGGGCUGGCUCGUGGCUGGCACGGUGGGCUGCCCAGGGCCUGAGAUGUCCCCCUUCUCUGGGAUCCCCACCACUAGCUGCUUGGAUUUCCUCUGGGACCGGCCUACUCUCCUCGUGCUGGGUAACGAGGGCUCGGGCCUGUCCCCGGCCGUGCAAGCCUCCUGCCAACUGGCCCUUACCGUCCUGCCCGGCCGGCGGCUGCCUCCUGGACUGGGGUCCUUGAAUGUCUCCGUGGCUGCAGGAAUUCUUCUUCACUCCAUUUGCAGCCAGAGGAAGGGUUUCCCUGUGGAGGGGAAAAGAGAGCACCUUCUCCAAGACCCCGGAGAACCCUCAGCCACAUCAGAAGGGCCCGGAGUGGCACAGCACCCAGGACUGGCCUCAGCAUCAGAACAAGAGAGGCAGAAUGGGAGCUGACUUGGACUGAGUUGUGUGUGCUGGAGGGCACACAUACGGUACACGCUCAAAUGUGCUGGAGUCUCUUGCCCAAGUGUGCACCCAGGCCCUUGUUUACUAACCACUGUCUGGGGAGCAGGGAGCUCUGCAGUAGAGACCAGAGGAAAGUUAUUUCCUGUUUUGAUUUUGGCCUUGGGGUUGUGGGUGGUGGCUUGUUCAUCUCCAGAAUGUGCUGCGCUGGGAUAGAGGGUCUCUCUUCCAGG